UAGAUAAUAUCGUUGUAAUGGGCAAUACAAAAUUUGAUGAUUUAUAUAUAUUUUCCUUAUAAUUUAUUAAUUAUGUAGGUCAAUUCGGGGAGUUUAGUGAUUUACGACCAAAACACAAAAUACUAAGAAAUAAAUUAAGCCAAUUAAACGUUACAAUUUUAAAUUUGGAAACAUUUAAAAUUUUAAAUUCAUAUAUAUGUCAUAAAGUUUUAUUCAAUUAUUUUUAGACAUCGUACAAAGAAAAUUUAUUGCAAAAAACUCUAAAGAGGACGAACUUAUUGCUGGAACCAGGAGUGGCCAACAGCUGAAAAGGAAGGAAGACAGCGGAUCUCGAGGAGCGCGAAAGUGGAAGAGAUGGAAAUAGAGGCGUAGUCCAGGCGCUGGUGAUACGAAGAGUAUUUGUUUAAAGUGCAUUUGGUUAUAGAUUCUACGUGAGCAUCAUAUUGACCAUUCAGAAAAUGUUCAUGCUCAAUCGAUUCAUCCAUUUUUCUAGUGCAGUUCAUAUUAACUAGGUAUAAAGGUAUACAUAAGAUAGUUUAAACAAUUCUGGACGAAGACAAAGUUCUAUACAAUAUCUAUGUCCCGAGGAUGACGAAUAUUUCUACAUCAAAAUAACGAAUAUUUUUGAGAUGUUAAUAUUUCAUCUUUAGUUGGAUAAAAUAUACUUCAUUUUAAUUAUUCAAGUUCUACUAGUUAAAAAUGAGUUACAAAAUAAUAAUUUUAGUAUGGUUUGGAGUUUUUUUAGAAUUUUCUUUACAUACAGAAUCAAGGAUUCGUUCACGACCACUACCUAUAUUUUCAAAUGAGUUUGCUGUACAUAUACCAGCUGGAGCUACCGAAGCAGAUUUUAUCGCUAAAAAGCAUGGUUUCACAAAUCAUGGGAAGAUUGGAGCUUUACCCAACUAUUUUCUAUUUGAACAUAAUGGUCUCCGUAAACGCUCCGUCGACGUGAGUGAGCAUCACCACAAAGCACUCAGGGACGAACCAAAUGUACAUUGGUUUCAACAGCAGCAUGAAAAAACUCGAAAAAAAAGAGAUUUUUCUGCAGCCCCAGGAACUUUUACGGAUUAUUUUCCUGUUUUCACUGAUUAUCCAUUGAGGCUUCAUCAUAAAAACUAUCAUCAUCAGAGAAACCGUGGCGCCCCUUUACAGAAUUUAUUUUCUGAUCCAUUAUUUAAAGAACAAUGGUACUUGAAUGGCGGGGCAAAAGAUGGCUUUGAUAUGAAUUUGGGACCAGCCUGGCAGAAAGGUUAUACUGGAAAAGGGGUAGUGGUAUCAAUCUUGGAUGAUGGUAUCCAAACAAAUCAUCCAGAUCUACUAUUGAAUUACGACCACGAAGCAAGUACUGACAUAAACGAUAAUGACGAUGAUCCUAUGCCACGAGAUAACGGAGACAAUAAGCACGGGACCAGAUGUGCUGGUGAGGUAGCCGCGGUUGCUUUUAAUCGCUUUUGUGGGGUUGGCGUAGCUUACAACGCUAGUAUUGGAGGUGUACGUAUGUUAGACGGUCCCGUGAAUGAUGCUGUCGAGGCACGUGCGCUGGGUCUAAAUCCGGAUCAUAUAGAUAUUUAUAGUGCCUCCUGGGGACCAGAAGAUGACGGCAAAACUGUCGAUGGACCAGGGCCACUAGCACGACGUGCAUUUAUCUAUGGUGUAACUAGUGGUCGUCAAGGCAAGGGUUCGAUUUUUGUCUGGGCAUCAGGAAAUGGAGGUCGUCAUACAGACUCCUGCAACUGUGAUGGCUACACUAAUAGUAUAUUCACGUUAUCUAUCUCUUCGGCAACACAAGGAGGAUAUAAACCUUGGUAUCUUGAGGAAUGCAGUUCAACAUUAGCUUCAACUUACUCUUCAGGUACACCUGGUAACGAUAAAAGUGUCACUACUGUUGAUAUGGACGCUGGUUUGCGCGAAGAUCAUAUCUGCACAGUAGAGCACACUGGUACUUCAGCUUCGGCACCACUUGCUGCUGGUAUUGUGGCUCUUGCUCUUGAAGCAAACCCCACGCUUACAUGGCGCGAUAUGCAGUAUCUUGUUGUACUCACUUCGCGAUCGCAACCUCUCGAAAAAGAAUCUGGUUGGAUUCUCAACGGCGUCAAACGAAAGGUUUCGCAUAAAUUUGGCUAUGGGCUUAUGGAUGCUGGCGCUAUAGUAAGCCUUGCUGAACAGUGGACUAAUGUACCGGCUCAGCGUAUUUGCAAAUCUCAAGAAAUCAAUGAGGAUCGUCAGAUCGAUUCAACGUAUAGCUACACGCUCAGUGUUUCUAUGGAUGUAAAUGGCUGUGCAAGUUCUCUCAAUGAAGUUCGCUUUCUUGAACACGUACAAUGCAAGAUUUCAUUAAGAUUCUUUCCUCGAGGAAACCUUCGCUUAUUGUUAACUUCUCCGAUGGGUACAACAUCAACACUUCUAUUCGAGAGACCGCGAGAUGUCCUCAAUUCUAAUUUCGAUGACUGGCCUUUUCUCAGUGUACACUUCUGGGGGGAAAAGGCUGAAGGACGCUGGACACUUCAGGUGAUCAAUGCUGGAAGUCGACAUGUCAAUUCACCAGGAAUCUUAAAGAAGUGGCAGUUGAUUUUCUAUGGGACAGCAGCAAAUCCUAUAAGAAUUCGUAAUCUUCAAUAUAAUUCGGCUUAUCAAGGAUUUUAUACUGGAGCCGCUUCAAGUUUUAAAUCAUCAAUGGCGACAUUGGAUAGUAGUUCAGGUUCACUUAUGACAAAUAAGUUGCCUGAGCUUGAUGCUUCUCCUCUAGAAGUGACCAGGCAUGUACAAUUCCACGACUGCGAUUCGCAAUGCGAUAUUCAAGGCUGUUACGGAAAAGGACCAACUCAAUGUGUCACCUGUAAAAGUUAUCGACUUGAUAAUAUGUGCGUAAGUCGGUGCCCACCUCGAAGCUUUCCAAAUCAAGGAGGCGUUUGUUGGCCUUGCCAUGAAUCCUGCGAAACUUGUGCUGGUGCUGGUCAAGACUCAUGUUUAUCAUGCGCACCAGCUCACUUAAGAGUUACAGAUUUAGCAGUUUGUCUUCAGCAAUGUCCAGAAGGUUAUUAUGAAAGUUCGGAAAAUAGUACUUGUGUACCAUGUGAGGCGAACUGUGCCAGUUGUACGGAGCAACCAAAUCAUUGUACUACUUGCGAACACCACUUAGUUCUCUACAAUUACAAGUGUCACGCAGCCUGCCCUAUUUAUACUUUUGAAAGUCAAGAUUACAACUGUCUGGACUGCCACACCAGCUGUGAAACAUGCAAUGGUACUGGAUCUAAUCAAUGUAUAGGCUGUCGUGCGGGUCUUUUUGCCUUUGCGGGCGAGUGUCGGCGCUUCUGUCCAAAUGGUUAUGCUGCAGAUAAAAAACGACGCGAAUGUUUAGCUUGUCCUCCGGGUUGUGCAAACUGCAGUACUUCUCAGGAUUGUACCAGUUGCUAUCCUGGCUGGAGUCUUACGAAAACAGCAAACUGUGCUCCUAUAUCGCGCUCUCGCUGCUCGAAUUUUCAAUUCUUUGACUCAGGACACUGCCGUCCAUGCCAUUCGAGCUGUGAGAGCUGUACAGGACCUACUGACAGAUUUUGUUUAUCCUGCCAGAGUCCUUUAUUACUGCAAGGUCAACGCUGUGUUGUUCAAUGCGACUCUGGAUUCUUUUCGGAAAUUAGUCCAACUACAAGACCUAUUUGUCUACCUUGUUUGCAUACCUGUAAGAGCUGUAUCUCCCGACUUAACUGUACCUCAUGCCAAGAGGGUCUUCAACUGCAAAGUGGAGAAUGUCGAUCAACUUGUGCUCAUGGAUACUAUAGUGACAGAGGUCAAUGUGCCAAAUGCUACUUGUCAUGUAAAACCUGCUCAGGUCCUAGAAGAAACCAGUGCGUAAGCUGUCCAAAGGGAUGGCAGUUGGCUGCUGGCGAAUGUCAUCCGGAAUGUCCCGAAGGAUAUUUUAAGACAACUUACGGUUGCCAGAAGUGCCACCACUAUUGUCAUACUUGUAGAGGUGAAGGGCCGUUGGAAUGUACAUCUUGUCCACCACACUCAAUGCUUGAAAGUGGUAUGUGUAUGGCUUGUCUAGGAUCUCAGUAUUAUGAUCCAUUGACGCAGCGAUGUCGGAGCUGUCAUAUAAACUGUUAUAGAUGCACAGGACCGGGAAAGUUCAGUUGCUCGAGUUGUGCCCCACCUCUUCAUAUUGACCGAGUUAACAAUCAAUGCGUACCCUGUUGCAGAAGCGAUGAAAAGAUUGAAGAAAGUGGUAAUUGCUGUGCUUGUAAUGCUGAUACUGGUGGAUGCAGAAAUAGUUCGCCAGCUGGAAAAAGAAAAGUAUCAAGUAUGGAAAUUUUACCUGGACGAAUGACUCAAAUCAACAUUAUGUCAACAGCAGAAGGAUUUUCGAGUUUAACUGGAAAACAUAACUCUACCAACUACACUUUCGCUGUUACCACAACUGUUGCUGUGUCCAUUUGUAUUGCUUCUGUCAUCAUUUUUGCUACAAUAUUCCUCGUCCUUCAGGUGAUAUCAAAUAAACGAGAGGUAGCCAUGGGCUACUCGCAGCUAGCUUUGAAAAUUGAACCGUCAGAUGAUUUGGAUCCUGAUGAUACAACCGAGCUUAUGACAUAAAACACUUAUAAGUAACCUUAUUGUCAAUCAUGAAGAUGGAGAAAUAUUACGUUUCUGAAACGUAUGGACAUUAAUAGUUAGAUAAAUAGGCUCAUGAGUGUCUGUAAAAUACAAAAUACAAAUGAUGGAAAUGAAACUGUGCCAACACAAUCUGAAGUAGACUUUAUGAUGGCUCUAAUGACAAGAUUAACAAUUUACUGUACAGCAACCAAUUUAAAUAUUAGUUUAAAUGUCCACAUAAACUCUAGAAUGCAUUUGAAAUAUGAAAAUGAUAUUGGAAAGUAAAGACACUAAUUUAAAGCAGCCUAAUAAAUUCCACUUUAUUUUGCAAUAAAUUUUUGAAAAAAGUAAUAGUAAGAUAAAUUGUGAAUAUAGAAUAUUUAUUACAUAUUUCAAUAGCUUUCAUUAUAAGUUACAUACCAGGAAUCAGUUAUAAUAAUUACAUAUUACGUCUGAAAGAAAAUUAUGUAGAAUUACUAAAUUGUUUCUUUUAUAAAAUUAAAAAAAUUGAUCAAUUAUUUUUCAAGUAAUCAUUCUUCAAUUGACCUAACUCAUAAGGUCAAUCAUGAAUUUAAAGAAAAUAAAGCCAUAGUAGCUAUUGAUCAAAAACAAUAAUAAAACUGUUUCAUAUAAUGACAAAAUAUUCUAAUGAACAUAAAUAUACCAUGAAAAUUAGUAAAAUAUAAUAACAGUAAAUUAUAAUUUGAAAAAUAAAAACAAAAAAUGAUAACAUUUGUUUACUUGGAAGCACUAUAUAAAUUGUAAGUAGGCAUAUGAUACAUGACAUAUAUUGCAAUCAGUCUACAAAAAUACUGUAUCUAUUACUUAGUUGAAAGGUACACUUCAUUUGAGACACUAAACUAACAUUAAUCUUUUUCAUUUGUAUUUAUUUAUUUAUACUUUUUAUAACUUAUUUCAAUUUUGAUUUAUCAAAAUACUCUGUAAUUAUAAUAAAUUGUAUGUAAUAUAUGACAAUUCGAUUGACCAAUGUAUUCUUAUAAAAAUUGACCAACAUGUUUGAAUAAUAUAUGCUUCUAUUCGUUAAUCAUGUAAUAUUGACCAUUGUUAAGAAAAUUAAGAAAAAUUUUAGAGAUAUAAAAACCGUUCCUUAUAACCUGUUGUAGUUAAUUACACU